AGUCAAUUCAGAGCAACUACCUGGAAAAUCCUUUUAGGUGCUUUAGAUUGCCAAGCAGAACAUUACUUCGAUCUUGCUACUCGUCGAAGAACACCAUGGUAUGAGAAGAUCACAAAUGAUACUUUUAGGACUUUGGCUACUGAUUCAUCAUUUCAAACACGAGUUUCGAAUGCUAUGCUAGUCAGAUUACUUGAAGCUUUUGUCUCUCCGCAAUACGAUUUUACAUAUGUUCAAGGCAUGAAUGUGCUUGCUGCUCCAUUUCUUUAUACUAUGCCAUCUGAGCUAGAAGCUUUUAUGACUUUUUCUCGUUUUAUCGAAUUUCAUUGUCCUUUAUACGUACAACCUACACUCGAGGGUGUUCAUUCAGGAUUACGCUUAUUGGAUGUUUGUCUUGAAAUACUCGAUCUUGAAUUGUAUCAAUACCUAAAGUCAAAAAACUUACGUGCUGAAAUAUACGCUUUUCCUUCUGUGUUAACAUUUUGCGCGUGUACAGAACCAUUAGAUCAAGUCUUGCAACUGUGGGAUUACUUAUUAGCUUUUGGUGUAGGUUUAAAUAUCCUCUGCGUAAUUUCUCAAUUAUACAUGAUGCGAGAUAAACUCUUGGCUCAUCCUUCACCGAUGGCUUUACUUCGAAAGUUACUAGCUCUUGACGCUAAAAAGGUGAUCUUGUUAACAAAUGUGUUUAUACGUGAUUUACCAGAAGUACUAUACGAAAAACUGGUUCGACAUCCUUUUGAAAAAGUAAAUUGA